UGAAUUGACUGUCAAUUCAUUAGUUUUAUUGAUUUAUUAGUUAUUGUUUGUCGACAACACUUCCUGUGGUAACCCAUUGAUUGUCACCAUUCAUUUGGUCCCAUAUAUUAUCAUCAAAACAUUUUAGUUAUUUGUUUUAGACAUCACUUUUGAUUUUGGAAAUUGUUUUUUGAGGAUCAAUUGCGGUGAUGAAUGAAGAAGAAAUAAUAGAAGACAAGAGAGUCAAUCAUAAGUUUACACUUCAGGAGAGGAUUGAAUUAAUCAAAAUCUUUUACAGCGGAAAAAGUCUCAAACAAACGGUUCGGGUGUUCGCCGAAAGACAUCCUGACUGUCCUCAUAUGCCCACCAGUUCGGGCAUUACUCGAUUGGUCAGAAAGUUUGAGACAACCGGUUCAGUACUCGACAAACGUAUACCGGGCCGACCAAAGACCAGUCGCGGUGUUCAGCUGGGAGUACAACAGCCCGAACUUGUGGCCUGUGCGUGGCCAGGAUGUAGUUAUAUGAGCAAUAAAAAGUGUUUGGCCAGACAUAAGUUGGUCCAUAAGACAGAACGCGACUAUUUGUGUCCGUGGGUCGGAUGUGACAAAGGAUUUAAGUCCAGUUUGAGUCUUAAAAAUCAUUUGCGUAUUCAUAACGAAGACAAGAGGUAUGCCUGCAAUUGGCCGGGUUGUCAAUACCGAUGUGUCGAUUCCGGUAACAUUAGAAAACAUAAGAAAAUACAUGAGAAACAGUUUCGCGGUCUUCUCAAGACAUCUGAUGUCCAAAACAAGACACAAAUGAAGAACAUUAAAACUGAUUUGCUAUCAGAUAAUGAUUACACUAGUAUUACAUUUGAAUGACUU